AUGAGCGCGACGACGAGGAGGCGAUCGACGAACAACAUCAAAAAAAAGCUGCUCUGCUUCGCAUUCCUCGUGGUGUUUUUCACGUUUUUAGCGAAACUGUCCCGAUCGCACGACCAUCGCGGGUUGGCGGCGGCGCAAUUUCGAGCAGCCGAGGAAGAAGUGCAAGAAAGGAUUACGGGUGGUAAAGAUACGAAGGAAUUGAAGAAAACUUUUAAUAAUAACGACGAGGGAGUAGCAGUAGAAGAAGGUAAAGAAGAACAAGGAAAGAGACCACGGAUAGAGGACGGAGAUAAAAUCGGUGGUAAAUGCGGUCUGCCGUACGAUUUGCACUCCGAAUACGCCGGUGCAGUGGUUGGAAAAUGGGGGGAGAAUAACAUCUUGAAUUCCGCGGACGAAUGUUGUCGAGCGUGCGAGGCGACCGAGGGGUGCAACGCGUUCGUGUUUUGCGGCGAUAGGUCGAACGGAUGUUCUGGACGGAAGUUUGGCGAGUGUUGGUUGAAAAAACAAGAGCCAAACAGCGCUAUGCGCGUGAAGAUGUCGGAAGGAAUGGACGUGCGAUGGACGUCUGGAGCGUUGUAUACCAACGAAGAGUUCUUCUCCGCGCAAGGCGAGAAGAGGAAAGAAGAGGAGGUGAGGAGGAAACAAAGGAUGAAAGCAGGGAACGUGAAGGCGUUCUUUGAUGUUUCUAUUGGUAGUACCGUUCGCGGUCGCAUAGAAUUUAUAUUGUACGCAGAAGACUGUCCAAAUCACGUCGACGCGUUUCGAGCGCUUCUCAAAAAUCAAGGCCUAAAUGACGACGGCUAUAAAGGAUCCCAUUUCUAUAGGAUUCUCGAUAAAUUUAUAGAUCAAACUGGCCCUGUAAAAUCAAAAGGCGUGGAAAGGUUCGACGACGACGACUACGGGUUACAUAGCUUAAAACACGAUCGAUUCGGACUCCUCUCGAGUGCCAACUCAGGUCCAAAUACCAACACGGGCCACUUUUCAAUAGUCGUCGCGCCGGCGCCACAUUUGGAUACGCACUACACGAUUUUUGGGGAAGUCGUAUCUGGUGAAGACAUCGUUUGGGCCAUCAACGCCUUGGACAAAACGAAACCGCAACCGGGCGUGAAAGCUAUGAUUGAGAACUGCGGCGAGUUGUAA